AUGCCGUCGUUGUGGCUAGAAGAAGAGGGGGAGCAGUUCCAGGACGACCUCCACACGCACAACAAUGAUAUACAUCCCCCCUAUUCGAAUGAAGCACAGAAUCCCGUCGUGGGAGCUGGAUCACCGGCAGGACCACAUCUCCAGACACAGAUGAGCUACUCGGCACAACAGCAACUACCAAGCCAUAACGCCCGCAGCGGCACCGUGGAAACAAUAUACAGCCCAGGCCCAUACUCGUGGGGUGCCGCCGCCAGCACACCCAUGAUCAGCAAGCAGCAGCGAGCGCUUGACUUGAUGAUAGAGGCGGCGGCGCAGUAUCCCGACGACAUUGAUCGCUCGAGGUGGAAUAAUAACCACCUGCCGGCCCAGGGCCAGCCGGAUGCGACAAACAACGACCUCAGCUACAGCCCUGCGUUUUCGGACUCGCCUGUCAUCAGCUCGAGCGUCGCGAAUGCUCGUCACUCCCAGCCUCGGAGAAGGUCCUCGGACAUUGAUUCCUUGUUCGAAGACAGCGAUGAGCCGGAAGAAGAGAUAUAUGUGUUGCAGAGGCGUGACGAGGGAGUAGGUAAUGGGGAUGAUAAGGAUAGUCCAGCGAGCGCGCUCUUGACUCAUGCUCAUGAUCUUGAUACGCCUUCUCCUUGCGGCCUGAGCAGGCAGUUGCAGGGCCAGUUGAAUGUCUUGUCGUCAGAAAUAGGGCAAGGCAAGAGGAGGAGGCAUCACAGAGGCGAUUUCAAGCACAAGAGCCCCAUGGAUAUGAAGAAAUAUGCAACGGCCUUCCAGCACAACACGGACAGCUUCACGAUCAACAGCAAGGUCAACGGCAAGAACCCGAGACAAGAAGACCUGAAAAGCCUCACGAUUGUCCCUGCGGAUGCUCUACCGCGGCAUGUUCUUGCCACCCUUCAUACUGCGAGUGCCUAA